GUGGAGCUAUUUAGGAACCGUGGUGGCGGAGGCAGGUCAGUGUGGUGAAGGCGGUGGGGCAGGCAAGAUGACUGUGGUGGCGAGGGUAGUGGUGUUGGCUCCUGUGGCUCUCCUGGUCCUAUCCUGCCUCAUCUCUACCUCCACAGCACAGCACGAGCCUGCGCCGCCCCAGGGUCCCGCCGUCAGCAGGUCCUCACGAGGGGGCGUGGUGGAGAGCGUGGCGCGGUGGCUGGAGCAGCAGGACGUGCCGGAGGAGGCGAGGUGGAGGGUGGAGGAGCUGGUGGAGGACUUGCGUGCCGGGGAGGUGAACGAGGAAUACCUGCGGGGCCUCCUUAGCGCCAUCCUGCAGGAGGACGAUGAGGAAGAGGAUGUAGAGGAGGAAGAGGAGAUGGAGGAGAUGAACCCCAGCAUCCUUCAUGGCGACGACGAGGAAGAUGAGCUGGACGAGGCCAUCGCGUUAGGUCUUCUGGACAGUGAAGAGGAGGAGGGGGAGGAGGAGGAGCGAGAGGAGCGAGAGCAGAAUGAAGAGGAGCAGGAUCUUCCCGCAGAAGAAGAAGACUUUCCCGCAGAUGUGACCAGCGAGGAGGAGGAGGAGGAGCGUGAAGCCACUCAUGGGGAGGACAGGAGUGUGGAGGAGCGUGGAGGCGGCCAGGAGGAAGGGGACGGCGGCGUGGAGGCGGGCCUGGACGAGGCGCUCAUCCAGAGGCUGCUGGAGGGCUUCAGCUUCCAGGCGCAGGGGUUGUCCAGACCCAAACGAUCCCCGCGCCGCUCCAGCUCCCGCCGCUCCAGCAGUAGGAGCAGCAGCAGCAGCAGCGGAGGCGGCUGGUGGAGAAGAUCCAGCCCUAGCUCCUCCUCCUCCUCUUCCUCCUCCUCCUCCCGAUCCUCCUCCUCCUCCUCAACCUCCAGAUCAUCAUAUCCCAGCACCAGCAGAACCGGCACCUCCUCCUCCUCCUCCUCCUCCUCCUCUUCCUCUGGCGGUGUUCGACCCGUGCCCUCCGGCUACCCUGGGACGACCCAGCCUGUGGGGGGUUACCCUGGGGGCGCCAGGCCAGGCUACCCCGGGACAACCCAACCAGUGGGAGGAUACCCAGGAGGUGCCAGGCCAGGAUACCCCGGGAACACACAGCCCGUGGGAGGAUACCCUGGGAGUACCAGCCCUGGAGGCUAUCCUGGGACCACGCACCCUGUCGGGGGAUACCCUGGGGGCGCUAGGCCAGGAUACCCUGGAACAACACAGCCCGUGGGGGGAUACCCUGGUGCUGCCAAGCCAGGCUACCCUGGGACCACACAGCCCGUGGGAGGAUACCCUGGGAGUACCAGCCCUGGAGGUUAUCCUGGGACCACGCACCCUGUUGGGGGAUACCCUGGGGGUGCUAGGCCAGGAUACCCUGGAACAACACAGCCCGUGGGAGGAUACCCUGGGAGUACCAGCCCUGGAGGCUAUCCUGGGACCACGCACCCUGUCGGGGGAUACCCUGGGGGCGCCAGGCCAGGAUACCCAGGAACUACACAGCCCGUGGGAGGAUACCCAGGAGGUGCAAAGCCCGGGGGCUACCCUGGAAACACGCAGCCCGUGGGCGGCUACCCCGGGGUUGCCAGGCCGGGGGGCUACCCUGGAACAACACAUCCUGUUGGGGGUUACCCAGGGGGAGCCAGACCAGGAGGUUACCCCGGCACCACUCAGCCAGUAGGAGGUUACCCUGGGGGCGUGCGUCCCUUCGGCAGCUACCCCAGCACCAACCAGCCGUAUGGGGGCGGCUACAGCCCCGCGGGAUGGGGUGCACCAGCAGGCGGUUUCUCCACCGGGUACCGGCCCUACGGGGGCUACUCCACCGGUUACGGGGGCUUCGCCACUGCCACGCGGCCCACCUACGGGGCAGCCGGGAUGGGCAUGAUGGGCGGCAGCCGCGGCUUCGGGGCCUACCCGGUGGGCGGCUACCCCAUGCCAGUGAAGACCAAGAAGAGCAAGAAGCAGAAGAUCAAGAACCUGGUGGCCACAGCGGGCACGGCCUACGUCAUGCACAAAGCCGCCAAGAAGACUAAGUUCCUGUCGCCCAUGGGGUUCGGCCACCGCGGCUUUGGCUACGGCGGCUUCGGCGGCUAUGGCGGCUAUGGCGGCUACGGCGGCUACGGCGGCUUGGGGCGAGGCUUUGGGCACGGCAUUGGCGGGUUCGGAAGCAAGGCGCUAGUGGGGGGCCUGGCGGGGAUGGGGGCCGCCAAGGUGGGCAAGAAGCUGCUGGGGGCGUACAUCAAGCUCAAGAUCGCAAAGUAUGCCCUGAAGUUCGGCGCGGAGGCAGCCAAGGCGUACUUCUACUACAAGAUGGGCCUGGAGCUGGACGAGUACAUGAUUGGCAAGUUUGUGAACCGCUACCACUACCACCGCGUUAGGGGAGACAGCCGCUGGCGCUACUACCACCACCACGCUCGCAGGACACGCAAGGGCAACGACACCGAGUCCGACAACAUCACUCUGGGUGAGUUCUGCAAUCGCCAGUGUGUGAAGAACGAUACACGCAUCUGCCAGUUUAAUUUUGACGUUCACCUGUACCAGACUAUGUCCAGAGCGUGUUAUGACUGUCCCCGUAACAAGACAGACUGUGAACGGCCUGAAUGUAUCACAGCUGACGGUUCAAGGCGCAUGAUCUUCACAGUCAACAAACAAUUACCUGGUCCAGCCAUACAGGUGUGCGUGGGUGACAAGGUGCUCGUAGACGUCAUGAACAACCUGCCAUCGUCUGCCAUUGCUUUACACUGGCACGGCGUCACUAUGGGGGCUACCAGUGCUCUCCCCGACGCAAGAUCGACCCCCUACAUGGACGGGGCCGCUGGGGUAACACAGUGUCCAAUUCCCCCUGGGUCUGGAUUCCGCUACGCUUUCUUUGCCACUGACCCGGGGACCCACAUGUGGCACGCAGGUCUGGAAAGAGGGGACGGGCUGUUUGGCGCCCUUAUCGUCACACAAAGCUCUGAAGAUGAUCCCUACGUGCAUAUUGAGGAACAUAUGCUGGUGAUAAGCGAUUGGUACAACAAGUCAUCAGUGGCACUCCUGGCUGACAGACACUCCGCCGGCCCUCCCCCGCGCCCCUCCGCCCUCCUUAUCAAUGGCAGGGGCACGCGGGUCACCUCCCCAGCCGUCCCUCCACCUAGAUUACUUAUUCAGGAAGGCACCCGCUACCGCCUCCGCGUGGUGAGUGCCGCCGCCGCGCUGUGUCCCGUCACCCUCAACGUGGAAGGGCACGACCUCAUCAUCCUGGCUCUGGACGGGGAGCCGGUGUCCUUCGUCAACGCCUCCACCAUCCUCCUUAACCCUGGAGAGAGAUACGAUGUGAUGUUCAGGGCGGAGCAGGAGUUCUCGUCACGCCCUAACGGGACCUUCUGGGUGCGCGUGGUGGGCGGGGGGGCAUGCGAGGGCCUCUACCAGCACGCCGCCCUGCAGUACCUCCCUGAUGACUUCGCCAACUUCACUGUCAAUGAUACGUUGCCGGAAGUGCCCCCAGUGACUGCCCCGAGUAGCGAUGAGGAGUCCAUGAAAUACUUCACUGGUUCCUGUGACGCACCUGGGCAGCGCUGUCUAUCUCACCUGUCAAGCCUCUCACCUGUCCCCAGCCGCAUCACCUCCGCACGGGCAGACCACACGCUGUACCUGGCCUUCAUGCGACGCUACAGCCACAACCAACAUUACUACUCCCUCUUCUACUACGAUAUCUUCUCAGAUCCGGAGGGGAAGAGACUAAGAACCCCACAGAUCAACAACCUCAGCUUCAGACCACCACCGAAGCCCUUACUUACGAACUGGAAGGCCCUGAAGAGUGAGAACUGCAGCGCUGAUACCGGCGUGAGGGUGAACCAGUGUGUGAUGGACUUUUGUGAAUGUAUCCAUGUUAUCCCAAUCAAGAAGGGAGCGUUGGUGGAGAUGGUGAUGGUGGGGGAAGGACCAGCCAACGAGACAGCAGAACCGGUCCACAUACACGGGUACAAGUUUUGGGUUCUGAGUCAGGUGGAGGCCUCAGCACUCCCGGAGAUCCCACCCUUCCCCACGCCUCCACCUCCAGCCAAUGGGACCACUCCGCCACCGCCUCCACUUCCGCCAUUCUUGUACCGCGACGGAGCGAAGAAACUAGACGAGCAGGGGCAGCUGGUGAGGGAUCUGAAUAGUCCUAUUCUGAAGGAUACUGUGUCGGUUCCUGCAGGAGGCUACACUAUCGUCAGGUUCAUUGCAGAUCACCCAGGACUGUGGUUGCUAGAGAGCCAGGUGAGUUUGAGCGCCGCGUCUGGAAUGGCUCUCGUGUUGCAAGUCGGAGAGAAGAAUGACGUCCCCAGCAGGCCUCCUCCGGACUUCCCAACCCUGCUAGAGUUUGAAAGUGAUGGGCAGGUAGUGAUGGGCAGGAGUGAUGGGUAGUAGUGAUGGGCAGGAGCGAUGGGCAGGAAGCGUCAUCCCAAAUCUUCUAGAGAGUUCAAAGGGCGAUGGGCAGGUAGUGAUGGGCAGGAGUGAUGGGCAGGAGUGAUGGACAGGAGUGAUGGGGAAGUAGCGUCACCCCAGUCCUAUUAGUGUUCAAAAGUGAUGGGCAGUAGUGAUGGGGCAGGAGUGAUGGGCAGGUAACAUCACCUAAUCCUGUUAAGGAGGUCAAAGGGUGAUGGGCAAGAGUGGUAGGCAGGAGUGAUGGGCAGGAGUGAUGGGCAAAACCAAUGGGGAGGCAGCGUCACCCAAACCUGCUCAAGUUCAAGAGGGUGGUGGGCAGGUAGUGAUGGGUAGGGAGUGAUGGGCCAGGUAGCGCCACCCACUCCAGUCCUCGGGGUGUGUAGUAAACUGGUUCAUUUCUUCCUCCGCUGCUAGCAACCUUCCCUCCCCAGGCAUUGCAGGACACUCAAUGUUUACGUCAGCUCUCCUCACUGCUGUUUGUUACCUUCAUCCUUAAUUACUAACCACUCUGAGACAUCUUUUUGUACUCCUACAGCUCUCUCCAAAAGUUGUACUGGCUAGAAAUCGCAAAAUCUAUUCCUCUUAUAUCCCCCUCUUUCUUGUAGAUGCUUGAAAAGAGUCCAUGCAUUCCUUUCAGCGCUGUGAAGUGUUGCAUACUGCGGCGGAAAGCGAAAAAUCUGAACCCUUGCGCCUGAGGACCCAUUCACCACCAUAGAUAGAUAGAUAAACUUUACCAUCUUGCAGCAUAGCAUUGUGUACAAACUGAAAUCCUUUAGAAAUACAUGCACCUUUCCACUGUACCCCGGCAGCCCCUCCCAAUCAUUCAAGAGCGGUGCCCAGUCGAGGCAGAGUGAACCGAGGUAGUGCGCAGUUGUCCCAGAAAAAUCCCAGUCACGAUCAGGAUUCGAACUUAUGACUUCCUGGAUUGUAGUCAGACGCCAUACUGCCUGCAAAACCACGCUGAAGCAAUAUGGAACCUCUCUACAUGUUAAAGGGAUGUUAAAUUGAUGGUACUGUCCCUGUGUUGACUCCCUACUCCGGACCGUACUCUGAAACGCUUAUGGCCGCAUCUCCACUACUUUCAAAGGCUUUAGUUGAAGUUAUACAGGUCUUUAAGAGUGUUUUUACGGUUCUAGGGACAGAUUAACAAAAUUACUACGUUAUUAACAGGAGAAACACUCUUGAGAACCUGGCCAAUCAUCUCUGUGGCCUUGGAAAACAGUUGUGGUGAGAAAGCAGAGCGUUUUUCAAUACGUGCCUAUGAUUGGUAAUACUGUAACCAUCCCACUGACUACUACGACUACCACUACUAUGACUGCUUUGCAUUUACCACCUACAACUCUAAGUUCUCAGGUGUAUCUCAAGUUUUUGUUUUUUUGCUUUAGUGUUUGUUUACUUUUGAAAUGUAAACUAGGUAUGUGCUAGGUGUUGUUUCGGCACCCCUUUUGUUUUUUAUUUCUUGACUGCAGGCGUUUUGGUGAUGUGUGUGUGUGUGUGUGUGUGUGUGUGUGUGUGUGUGUCCGGCAGACUUACUAGAAGCAUUCGUAUGUUACUACUACUACUACUACUACUACUACUACCACCACCACCACCACCACCACUACUACUACUACUACUACUACUACUACUACUACUACUACUACUACUACUACAACCUCCACCACUACCGCUACUGCUACAACCAUACAAGAGUUCUUCCAAAGCACAAAUGACAAAAAAAUAAAAAAUAAAAAGUUUAUACGUAUGCAUUCAUUAGAAACAUAAGGAACCAUUGUACUAAAAAAAAAAAAUAUGUAAAACAGGUAGAAAAAAAGGCAAAAAAAAAAAAAGGUAAAAUUAAUUAAGAUAUAGUCCAGUAGAUUCUCAGUUAGGAGAUAUAUUAGGCAUUAGUGUAUACGUAAAUUAGAUAACCAGUAUCCUUAGUUAUAAAAGAACAGGUUAUGAUGUUAUUAUAACCGAGUCCAGGUGAUGGCCAGGUGAAAUGAAUACUACUGGUCACUGUGGCUUGUUGAUGUUGUACUAAAUAAAAUACUAAUUGUAA